AUGGCUUCCGAUGACGGCCCCCAGGAGAUUGCAGCUCUGCUGCUUCUCCCUCCUCCCCCGGCUGUCAAGUUUGAACAAUUCAAAGAUGCUUAUGAACCGACAUUGUCUACUGUUUUUUCCAAACUCUGCAAGACGCUUAAUGGCGUUAAUAGCAUUGCAAUUCUAGACAUCGCUAUUUCCAUACCAGGUCUCCUUUCACGAAGCUCUCAGCCAAGGGCGAACAUUUUCCCAAGCCUUCAACAUUACUUGGCAAAUAUCUACAGGCUGAUUGGAAUCGUCAGCGCGGAGCACAGCAUUGAGCUGGAUGCCCCUGGUGGCAUUGAUGCUCGGGUAGUCUUUAUUGAUUUCCCAACAACCUCGGCAGAGGAUCGUCAGACUCCACGACAUGGACCGAUCCUCGAUUUGCAAUCGCUGGCGAAUUCUUCGCGACUAUGGGACUGGAUCUACUAUCCUGGAAACGAAGCAGGUCAACAGCUAGCAACAGCGUUUGAUAGUAUCUAUUCGAAGAACAAAGACCCGAACGCUGGUUCUUUGCAUUCACUCUCGAAUCAGCCCAGCUGGCCCUCUCCCAAGACAUUGAUAGUUCCUGAAGUUAAGGCUCAAUCGCCGCAUUAUUCGGUUGCCGUAGGGGGCACAUUCGAUCACUUCCAUAUUGGACACAAACUUCUCCUCACCGCCACUGCGUUAGCUUUGGAACCUGUGGAAGAGUUCGAUCCGAUUCCUGAGCGACAUCUGACUGUGGGCGUUACAGGAGAUGCAUUGUUGAAGAACAAGAAGUAUGCCGAAUUUCUGGAGAGCUGGGAUGACCGAUGUCAGAGCACCUCGUCCUUCCUUUUGGCGAUUAUGGAUUUCAGCCGUCCGGACAAAAGUGCGCCGCGCAUUGAGCAGGUAUCACAGCCGGGUCCCAACGGCCAUUAUGUGCUAAUGAAGGUCCGUUGCGGCUUGACGCUGAAAUUGGUACAAAUCACGGACCCGUUUGGACCGACGAUCACCGAUGAAAGCAUCGAUGCUCUCGUGGUGUCCGCGGAAACUCGCUCGGGAGGCACAGCUGUCAAUGACGAGCGAGCGAAGAAGGGGUGGAAGAGCCUCGAUGUCUUCGAGAUAGAUGUCUUACAUUCUGGGGAGGUUCCCACAACCGAUGGCGAAAGCUUUGCGUCGAAAAUAAGCAGUACAGAUAUCAGACGGCGUCGUAUGGAAAUGGCCACGGCUCAGUAACUAGAUUAGUUAUGUUAAUCAGCCAGACUCUGAGAACUUACUUGGACUGAAUAUCCUGCUUUCAAGACCUUCAGAGACGAGGACGUUCUGAAGGACAAAUGACGAAUUGCGGCGCUGUUAAACUGGAAACCGGAAUUCCGUAGAUAAGCAGCCAACAAUGCCCAUUUCCUAUGGACCAUGGAAAGAGCAGUUCUGAUUUCAGAUCAAUAUGGCUCAGAAGGUGUCUGAGUGACCGAGUGCCUACCUUAGCUGCCUUAGUGCCUUGCCCCCUGCUUGCCGGGAAAAAAGAGGAAUGGACGUCCUCGUUGUUUGACGAUAUCUCUCCUCGAUUCAUUCUGUAGCAUGAUGGAGGGAUUCCAAAGGAAAG